CGACGGGAAACGAAGAAGACGACAGCGAUCGUUUUCGUCGGGAUGUUGAUCGUCAUGUCAUUGUAGAAGGCAUAUAAAACUAACAAAAAAAAAAAAAAAAAAAUUCUUAAGUGCGACUUUAAAAUGGCAGGUGAAGAGGAAAGGGGGGUUGUCCGAGUCAAAGUGAAGAAAUGUGACGGUGUUCUUCCUGCGGAGUUUCGCUCUUUUGCUGUUGAUCCUCAGAUAACGUCUCUGGAGGUGUUGCAGCACAUACUCAUCAGAGCAUUUGACUUGAAUGGGAAGCAGACUUUUGUCAUCAGUUACCUGUCUCGGGAUCGGACCGGUGGUGAAAUAUAUCUCACUUUAGUGUCCGAUUGGGAUUUGGAUGUUGCGUUUGUGAGUGCAGCCAAGCCACAUCUUCAGCUCAAGAUGGACAUAAAACAUUCAGAAGACAGCCCUGUUAUGGAGGACUGGGACAUUAUAAGCCCCAAAGAUGUGAUUGGUUCUGAGCAGCUUCUUGGAGAGAGGACUAGAUCAUUGGCAUCUGCAGCGCUUCCAUUCACCCAGUCUCUUCUGUCCCAGGUGGGUCGAACACUGUCCAGAGUCCAGCAGGCCUUCAGCUGGUCUUACGGGGAGGAGAUCAGGCCCUUCAAGCCUCCUCUGAGUGAUGCAGAGUUUCACAGUUAUCUCAAUGGUCAUGGCCAGUUGACACGACCUGAAGACUUAAGGCUGCGAAUCUACCACGGAGGAGUGGAGCCUUCACUGCGUAAGGUUGUUUGGCGGUACCUGCUAAACGUCUACCCUGAUGGACUCAGUGGACAAGAAAGGAUGGACUACAUGAAGAGAAAGACCCAGGAGUACGAUCAGCUGAAGCGGGAGUGGACAGCCAGGGCCAGCCACGAGGACCUUGAAUUUAUUCGGGGAAAUGUUCUGAAAGACGUCCUGAGGACAGACCGAGCCCAUCCGUACUACGCCGGUGCCGAGGAUAGUCCUCAUUUGGCUGCCCUUACGGAUCUGCUCACCACAUUUGCCAUCACACAUCCACAGAUAUCGUACUGUCAGGGGAUGAGUGAUAUCGCAUCUCCAGUACUUGCCGUUAUGGACAAUGAGGCACAUGCCUUCAUUUGUUUUUGUGGUAUUAUGAAGCGCUUGGAGGGGAACUUUCAACCAGACGGGCAGCUCAUGUCCAUUAAGUUCCAGCACCUGAAGCUGCUCUUACAGUACUCUGAUCCAGAGUUCUACUCUUACUUGGUUUCCUGCGGAGCUGACGACCUCUUUUUCUGUUACCGCUGGCUGCUUCUGGAGCUCAAGCGAGAGUUUGCCUUUGAUGAUGCCCUGAGAAUGCUGGAGAUAACUUGGAGCUCGUUACCCCCAGAUCCUCCUGAAACCGAGGUGGACUUGGUUGGACCACUGUUAGUGUCAGAUGAGGCUAUGCCCUGCAGAGAUAAAGACCGACUGGUUGAGAGCUGUCUCAGGGAGGACGAACAAAAAGAAAAGCAACGUAGACGCCACAUGCUCCGGCCUUCUCGUGAGGAACCUUACCUCAGCCGGAGUACGAGGCCAGAAGAAAAACCCACACAGUGUGUAGUAGCAGCUGGAAAAUGGACCAAGGCCAAUCAGUGUGAUUUUCUUCAUAGAGCAAAGGAUGAGGCUGAUCUGUGCACUAACUUUGAAAGGCAAACCAGUUUUGGAGAGUUUAAAUACUAUACUGCUAGGAAUGAGGAUGACUUUGACAUGAAGGACAGCGAGUCAUCACAGGAAAACGAGUGCGCCAUUCCACAUUGCCAGGCUACUAUUGACAGUGAAGAUGACCCGGGAGAGGCCACGCCUCUGAUGACGGACUGUGAUAACGGUUUCUCCCUCUUUUAUAACAGUCCAACAGUCUGGAAAGCUGACUCUUCUGUCUCACUGACAUCUUCUGCAUCGCCCUCCAGCUGGCCUGGUGCUUCUCCAGAUUCUCUUUCAAAAGCCACACCAACAGUGACUGCAGAAGACACCUUAUUAACAGCUGUUCCAAAGGCGCUCAGCAGUACAGCAAUUAACUCACCUGCCGUUAAAAUGCCCCCCCACUCUCAGAAUCCAUCCCUGCUUCCUUUACCCAUUCUGUCCACAGGAAGAGGCCCUUCAUUAUCUGCCGGCAGUCUCCCAUCACCUGGAAACAGAUCCCCCAGUACCACAGGGAGCUCGCCCACUUCUACUAAAAUGGAGAACGGUAACAUCAAACCAUGUUCCCUGCCACCACCUCAAGAGUUUGGCAAAGGGAAUCCCUUUAUGCUAUUCCUGUGCCUGUCCAUCCUGCUGGAGCACCGAGACCACAUCAUCAAGAACAGCCUGGAUUACAAUGAACUGGCCAUGCACUUUGACCGCCUGGUGCGGCGACACAACCUGAGCAGGGUGCUACAGCGAGCCAAGGCACUGUUUGCGGACUACUUACAGAGUGAAGUUUGGGACUCUGAAGAAGGUGAUGAGGUUAGCUCAGACUCCCCAACCAGAGUGACUGCUGCUCAGCACUCCAGACCCGUUUACAGCCCUUUAGCAUCACCGCACUCAUCAUCACCAAACUCCACAUAUAACCUGGCAACCACCGUCCCCUCCCCCACAGCUGACAUGUCACUUUCUCCCUCUUGAUCCCACUGUGUGUCAUUGACUUGUCGUUGUCGGUGAAUACCUCAGUAAGUCGUGGCCUCUUGGAGGUGUCUGUUGUUGCUUUUUUUUUUUUAAACACAGCCUCCCACAUCAAAAUAGACCACUUUUAAACUUCUUUCAUACUUGAAAUCAUCCAGUCUUUUUUUUUUUUUUUUUUUUUUGCCUGCAGCCUUUGAAAUUUUAUUUUAUUUUAAUUUGUCUACUCUAAGGUUAGCACUUUUUAAUUUGCUGUCUGUACUUGAAUAAGGAAAUGAAAUAACUUGACCUAAAAUACACAUGUAAUCUUUGCCAAAGCAAAUGUCAAUCAAAUGUGUUUUUGGAGAAUCUGACCAGGUCGCUGAUGCAUGAAAUGUUGAAGUUGAAGGUUUGUGUGUCUGUGGGAAAGAACAAAUUGUUAAUGUUUUAAUCUGUUUCUCUCUCUGUUUACAAAUUCCGAAGUCACAAAUGUCUUAUAUUUGUAACAAGUUGCAUUAUUUGAAUAGAUAAAACUUUAGUCAUUGGUGUGUUGAACUUGUGACUAAAGAUGCACUUUAUGGCAAAUUAUUUUGAGGACUUACACACAAAUAAUCAGCAAAAAAGCACACAAAUAAAAAAAUAUUGUAUGUACGUUCCAGAGCCAGCGUCUCUGGAACGUACUUAGUCACGUUAGCUACAAGCAACAGAAGCAAAGCGGCUACCAGUGGACGUUUCACAGCGACAAGACAAGAGGUCACUGUGCCACUAGCUAGGCAGGGCCAAAAUACACAUCGACUUUAUGCAAUGCUGAGUAACGCAACAUUGUGAGUGCCAAUCCUAGUGAUGGCAGUAGAUGUCAGCAUGAUGUAUGUUGGCUGCUUGCUUGAACGAAAUAAUCCAAGAAGUGGAAAUUCACUCUGAAAUAGCAGUAUUACUCUAUAAAUUUGUUUGGCAUUUUUUUCUCUUAAACUGUAAAUGUGGGUGAGAAAUAAACUUCUAAAUCUGAAAAUGCUGGUUUUGUAACUGGAUAAUACCUCUGUAAUGAUUUACAAUAAACCUUAUGGAGACGUUAGCAUGCUAACUACCAACACAGGAAUGAACAUCGAGAGACGUAUGACUGAAACAGACUAGUUCCGUGAAGCAGUCAGUCAUGGUAAAAGUAAAGUUCACCAUGCCAGUGUCGGGACCACGUCUUUUAUGAUUUAUUUAAACAUUGUGCACAGUAAUGCCAAAUAACCAUGAGCUGGUCACUCCCCAGGAAUGCCCAUCAUGCAACAAAUGCCAACUGCUUAUUGCCCUCAUUUGUAGAUAAUCUGACCCAUAUCUUAACUGUUCGAGGUUAGCUGUCACUGUGUUCUCGCAACCUGCUUUAGACGCCUGUGUGUAGAACGCUGUGCCAGCCUUUACAGAGUAUCAGCAUUGCUUAAAAAGUACUUUAAGUACCACAGUCAGAUUUUUCUGAGAGUUGUCAGCUAGUGGCUUUGCUUUAAAGAAAACAUUAAAAUGGGGUUUGGUCCACGGAGCAGGUGUAGCAUUACAGCGCCACGCGUCGUGCUGUGUGCUUUGUGGUGUUGAAAAAUUAUCUCGAAUAUUUGAGUAACGCAGCGCUACACGUGAAGAAUCAUGGCACUAUGUUUAGACGUUUGGUUCAGACUGCGUUGUUAUAUUUUACAGGUGUGACUCAGUGCUGAACCAGUUUUUGGCGUCAGUCUCGGUAAUUGCAGCAGUCAGCACAAUUACAGCUACAACAUCAUCACCACGCAAACAACAUGGCUUCAGCGCGAUAGCUUUGAGUUAGCGCUAACAACACUGCCAGGAGAGGCCGUGCAACAGGCUGUCCACGGUGAACCCUGUCUCACCCAGUGACUGCUAAGAGGCUCCAAAGCACCCCACACACACACACACACCCAUGUGACCCUGGAAUAAGUGAAUAUAGAAAAUAAAUAAAUCACGAUGGUCGUGUUCCUUACUGUGGUCACAUUUAUACUCCUUUCUGUUGGUUUAGUCUGAUGGACCUCAGACCUGAUGUGUAAUUCAGUAAGUAAACCUGUCCUCUAGCGGAUAUGUUGUUUUUGUUUGUUUUUUGUCCACCACAUCACAGUAGGAGGUCUUCAGAUGAACCAGGAUGGAGGUGUACCCGGUCUUCGGGGUCUGAUCACUUUAUCCUGUUCUGGUCUCACUGGUUUUCCAUGAGUGCAGAUUUGAAGGUUAAAAUUCUGAGUUCUUGUGACUCUUGAGUACUUCUGAAGGCCUGCUCUCACUUUAACAGGUUCAAAUCUCUGAAGGUCAAGAUCUGUGGUUUGUCCUUAUGUCUCUUUAUUUCCUUUCUCUGUGCUUCAUUUUGUGUUUUUAACAUUCAUGUUUUAAUGUAAUUUCAUGUUUAAAACAGUUUAAAUUAUUGAACUGAAGGUGCUAUUUAAAUAAAGUUAUUCAAAUC